AUGGAAGCUCACCCAACGCUCACGAUCGGCGACCGCGCCAGGAGAUGUCUCAACCUGUUCAUAGAGAACAAGGAGGCGGUAAAAGAACAGGUGCUUGAAGGCGGGAUGCCGGCUGAGGCUUCGUUGAUGGACGAGCUCGUCCGGUUUCGGCUCUGGAUUUCGAAUAUGAAUGUGCUUGGCGAUGUUCAGGAGUGUUUGGAUUUUCGCAUCAAAGAGGUUCCCGAAGUUGUUGAGCUCUUCACCGAUCACCUGAACAUCAUCGAAAACAGGCUUGAGCAGCGCGAGGUUGAUGAAGCAAAUUCAUAUGAUGCCGAGGAGGACCGGACGAACAAAUCACCAACUCUAACUGAUGACCCUAUCUCUGUUUCUGUCAACACCGACGUUGGAGCCGGUUCCGACUUUGAACAGUGGACUUUAUCUGAAAUCCUGGAGUCUGUUAGCAGUAGCAUAUCCUGGCUCCACCGCCUGUCCAACCUUGUCAGCAAGGCUGGAUUUGCAAGGCAGAGCAGGGAAGCACAGAAAUUCCUUCUAAAGGAUGCUGAGGGGAGAGACUCUGAGGACGUGACAAAAAUGUCAUGA